AUGGGCCCAACUCAGGACACCCUCUUCCGCUCGGCGGACAUGAGCUUGACCCAGCUCUAUAUUGCGAACGAAAUCGGCCGUGAAGUCGUCAGUGCUCUUGGUGAGCUUGGACAGGUCCAGUUCAGAGAUCUGAAUGAGGAGACCACCGCAUUCCAAAAGACCUUUACGAGCGAGAUUCGGCGAUUAGACAAUGUGGAAAGACAGCUUCGAUACUUCCAUGCCCAGAUGCAGAAGGCCGAUAUUGAGAUGCGUCCAUCUGAGGAGUUCUCUAACAACCUGGCUGCUCCUAUGGCAUCCGAAAUUGACGAGCUUGCUGAGCGAAGCGAGAGCCUUGAACAGCGUGUCUCCUCGCUGAAUGAAAGUUAUGAAGCCUUGAAGAGACGUGAGGUUGAGCUCAUUGAGCGACGUUGGGUGCUCAGGGAAGCUGGUGGCUUUUUCGACCGGGCACAUGGACAAACCGAUGAAAUCAGACAGUCCUUCGAUAAUGACGAAGCUCCACUCUUGAGAGAUAUUGAGCAACAGCCACCAAGAGGCCAGAAUGGGGAUGCUCAACACUCGUCAUUCUCUGUCAUGGAUAUUGGUUUUGUUGCCGGUGUUAUCCCCAGGGAUCGCAUUGGAGCCUUUGAGCGAAUCCUUUGGCGUACCCUCCGUGGCAACCUCUACAUGAACCAAUCUGAAAUUCCAGACCCCAUCGUCGACCCAGCCACCAACGAAGAAAUCCAUAAGAACGUCUUCGUUAUCUUCGCUCACGGAAAGGAAAUUAUCGCGAAGAUCAGAAAGAUCUCAGAAUCUCUAGGUGCCAACUUGCAUGCCGUAGACGAGAACAGCGAACUUCGAAGGGAUCAGAUCCACGAUGUCAACUCUCGCUUGACUGAUGUUGGCAAUGUCCUGCGCAAUACAAAGAACGCACUCGACGCCGAGUUGACGCAAAUCGCCCGCUCCCUUGCUGCUUGGAUGAUUAUUGUCAAGAAGGAGAAGGCGGUUUACCAUGCACUUAACAAGUUUUCCUAUGAUCAAGCUCGCAAGACAUUGAUUGCGGAGGCAUGGUGCCCUACAAACUCGCUUGGCCUGAUCAAGUCAACCCUGCAGGAUGUUAAUGAUCGUGCUGGUCUCUCAGUUCCUACCAUCGUCAACCAGAUCCGUACUAACAAGACACCACCGACUUAUAUGAAAACCAACAAGUUUACCCAGUCCUUCCAGCUUAUCGUCGAUGCAUACGGUACUUCGAAGUACCAAGAAGUCAACCCUGGUCUUCCUACUAUCGUCACUUUCCCAUUCUUCUUCGCUGUUAUGUUUGGUGACUUCGGCCAUGCUAUGCUUAUGACAAUGCUCGCUGUCACCCUUAUUCUGUUCGAAAGAAAACUCGGAAAGACCAAGCUCGAUGAAUUGAGCUCUAUGGCAUUUUCUGGCCGAUAUAUCAUGUUGAUGAUGGGAAUCUUUGCCAUGUAUACUGGAUUGAUUUAUAACGAUAUCUUUUCCAAGUCAAUGGACCUCUUCCAGAGUGCCUGGGCAUGGCCAGAGGACUUCAACGAAAAUGAAACCGUUUUUGCUGAGCUCAAAGGCUCCUACAGAUAUCCAUUUGGUUUGGAUUGGGGAUGGCACGGGACAGACAACAACCUGCUUUUCACCAACAGUUACAAGAUGAAGUUGAGUAUCAUUCUCGGUUGGUCACAUAUGACAUACUCCCUCUGCCAGUCCUUUGUCAAUGCUCGCCACUUCAAGAAGCCUAUUGAGAUCUGGGGAAACUUCAUUCCUGGAAUGAUCUUUUUCCAAUCCAUCUUUGGAUACCUCGUUUUUACAAUCAUUUACAAAUGGUCUGUUGAUUGGAAGGGUCUCGGUCUUCCAGCACCAGGUCUCCUGAACAUGCUGAUCUUUAUGUUCUUGCAGCCUGGCCGUGUUGACGACGAGCUCUACCAUGGUCAGGCCACCGUUCAAAAGAUUCUACUCUUUGUAGCUCUGAUUCAAGUCCCAAUACUCCUCCUUCUCAAGCCCCUAUAUCUCCGCUGGGAACACAACCGUGCUCGUGCCCUUGGUUACAGGGGGUUGAACGAAGCUGCCCACACCAGUGCCGUGGAUGACGAUGAUGAACAGCAAAAUCUAAUUUCCGGCCAGCGCGACAGCAUGGGUGACGGAGAGGGUAUCGGAAUGGUUACGCAAGACAUGAAUGAAGGCGAAGAACAGCAUGAGUUCGAAUUUUCAGAGGAAAUGAUUCACCAGGUCAUUCAUACUAUCGAAUUCUGCCUUAACUGCGUUUCUCACACUGCUUCAUACCUCCGUCUUUGGGCUCUUUCCCUUGCCCAUCAACAGCUUUCCUCCGUCCUCUGGAGCAUGACCCUCGGCGGUGCUUUUACCCAAAGCUCCCCAGUUCUUCGAGUGAUCAUGACCAUCAUCACAUUCUACCUCUGGUUCGUGCUCACCAUCUCCAUUCUUUGUGUUAUGGAAGGAACCAGUGCCAUGCUUCACUCUCUCCGUCUCCACUGGGUUGAAGCAAUGAGCAAGCAUUUCAUUGGUGAUGGCAUACCAUUUACACCUUUCAGCUUCGAAGCUAUUCUGCAAGAGGAUCCAGUAGACUAA